CUGUCGAACAACGUUGGCCGCUGUAUUUAACACGUUGCUCAGCGUUGCUCGGUAAGGUUUUCCAUGAUCUUUAAGGUGUUUCGAGUUUAUUAUUCACAAUAAAGUAGCAUUCGAGAAGGUCGAGAUGGCUGCCCGCGCGGUUGUCAGGUAUCUAAAACCAAAAUCCGUGCUGCUGCAAAAUUACCGAUGCGCCUCUCAAUCCAGUUUUGAUAUCCAACACAAGACUCCCACUAUCAAGAAGGUGAUGGCCAUACCAAAAGCCCAUUACGGUGGCAGGCAUGCGGUUACCAUGUUGCCUGGAGCUGGAAUCGGACCAGAGUUGAUGUCUUACGUUAAAGAGGUCUUUAAAUAUGCUGGUGUGCCAGUAGACUUUGAGGAUGUGGAAAUUGAUCCCAAUGCGGACGACAAUAACGACUUGGAUUAUGCCAUCACAUCAAUACGCAGGAAUGGAGUAGCAUUAAAGGGAAACAUAGAAACACACAGCACAGAAACCGAUGUUUUUUCGAGAAACGUUGCUCUUCGAAACGAGUUGGAUCUCUAUGUGAAUGUUUUACACUGCGUGUCGUAUCCAGGUGUAAAUUCCCGUCAAAAAAACAUUGAUAUUGUCAUUGUGAGACAGAACACUGAAGGCGAGUAUUCUAUGUUGGAGCAUGAGAGUGUGAGCGGUGUGAUCGAGAGCAUGAAAGUGAUCACAGCCUCAAAUUCAGAGCGUGUUGCUCGCUAUGCAUUUGAAUAUGCGAAACGAAAUGGCCGAAAGAAGGUCACAACUGUCCACAAGGCAAACAUUAUGAAACUAUCGGAUGGGCUGUUUCUGGAGACCUCGCGACAAGUCGCCAAGGAUUACCCAGAUAUUAUCCAUAACGAUAUGAUUAUUGAUAACACCUGCAUGCAACUGGUGUCAAAUCCACAUCAGUUUGAUGUGGUACUGACCACCAAUCUGUAUGGCGCAAUUGUGUCCAACGUGGUGUGCGGCUUGUUGGGUGGUGCUGGUCUUUUGGCUGGCAAAAACUAUGGCGACCACUACACGAUCUUUGAACCAGGCACGCGUAAUACUGGCACAAGCAUUGCCGGCAAGAAUAUUGCAAAUCCGAUCGCGAUGCUGAAUGCCGCGGUUGACAUGCUUCGUCAUCUUGGCAAUAAGCAUCAUGCUGCUAUCAUCCAGAAUGCGAUCAACAAGACUAUUAAUCAAGGUGUGCAUACGCGUGAUCUUGGCGGUACCGCAACCAGCAGGGAUGUAAUUGACAACAUUUUGAAGCACAUUAAGAUCGCAACCGCUUAAAGACUGAAUAACUUUUAAGCGAAAUCGCUUGUAGCAGCCUGUUCGCGGAAAAUGGCAAGUUCAGAUUCUAAGAAUCUUGUGUGAUUUUUAGUGAGAUAUAGUGUAAAGGAAUAUGUACAUUAAGUUAGCUAGGACAGUUUCAACUAAGCAAUGUUCUGAUAAUACACGUGGCAAUGAAAUCUCUAGAUUUUGUCUUUCAGCCAACAAUACUUCGCACAAAAUUGUUACGGAAUUAUACUUGGACGGAUUCCAAUUUUCUCGCUAGAUCACAAUUGUCCUCUGUAAUAUAUGCUAUCGACUUAUGCGAUAAUUCGAAUUUUAUAAAAUAUAAUGUACAUUAUAAUAGUAGCAGUUCCUAUAAAUACCAAAUGUUAUAAUUUAUCGUAAUAAUAAUUUAUACGCAAUGUGAAA